CCGAAAUCUCAAAGCGAGAAUUUUGUUGAGAUCAUGAGAACUAUCAACAGCAAUCAAGUUGUAAAACUCCCAAAAGGAGUCAGCGCUAAUGUCAAGGCACGUAUUGUAACGAUCCGUGGACCAAGAGGUAAACUUACCCGAGAUUUCCGUCAUCUUGCUAUGGAUAUUAGAAUGGUUAAUCGCAAAAAGGUCAUGGUUGAAAAAUGGUUCGGUUCCAAAAAAGAAAUUGCUGCUGUUCGUACCGUCUGCAGUCAUAUCGAAAACAUGAUCAAGGGUGUCACAAAGGGAUUCCAAUACAAGAUGAGAGCAGUACAUGCGCAUUUCCCCAUCAAUUGUGUCAUCUCUGAAGCCAACACAGUCAUUGAAAUCCGUAACUUCUUGGGAGAAAAGCAUAUCCGUAAAGUUACAAUGAAACCAGGUGUGACAGUCGUCAACUCCACAAAGCAAAAGGACGAAUUGAUUUUGCAAGGAAACGACAUUGAAGCAGUUUCUCUUUCUGCUGCCCUUAUUCAACAAUCCACAACAGUUAAAGAUAAGGAUAUCCGUAAAUUCCUUGACGGUUUGUAUGUCUCAGAGAAGACAACAGUCGUGCAAGAGGAAGAAUAAAGUGCUAAUUGUUUUGUUCUUCAUCUUUUUAUUAUGCUGAAAUAAUAAACAUCUAAAAAUAAUUUAAGAUGAAACG